AUGGCAGGUAGAGGUUCAAGCUUCCGCAUUACAUUAACGCUGGUGACACUGUCUGCUCAUUUGUUACUCAUAGCAGUCACCACUCUUGUGCUUGUUUGGCUUCUACAUUUUCGAGGCGGCCUCGCCUUCAAAUCCGACAACAAAGAGAAGAUUUUCAAUGUGCACCCGCUUUUAAUGAUAGUUGGCUUUAUCAUGAUUGGAGGAGAAGCUAUCAUGUCAUGUAAGGCAGUUCAGGGAAAAAGAAGGGCACCGAUACUGGUUCACCUGAUAUUGCAUUUUAUCGCUCUUGUGGCUGGAAUCUUCGGGGUUUGUAUGGCUUUCAGGUAUCACCACGUGGAAUCCAUGCCAGAUAUGUACACCCUGCAUUCCUGGCUGGGUUUGUGCACCAUCUGCUUAUUUGGUUUGCAGUGGAUGUUUGCAUUCUUCUCUUUCUGGUACCCGGGUGUAAAAAAGCCGAGAAGGCGUAGGCUCAUGCCAUGGCACUGGUUUGCUGGCAUGGUCAUCUUUCUCAUGGCCAUAUUGACUGCGGAGACGGGUUUAGUUCAGAGAUCCACUUAUUUGCGCCGCCAAGAAGCACUUAUAGUCAACUUCACCGGACUGUUGAUCCUCCUAUUUGCCACUGCAGUUGGUCUCAGUGUUAUCCAUCCCUCCUGUCUGCCACCCAAGUCGGGCUCAGACCCAGUGAUAUCCUUCCCCGAGCUUGUCAUCGGUCUGGCUGAUGUGGUCUUGACCAGUAAUGAUUCAUGA